AUGGGGCAAGUUGGCACUCUUAUCUCUUUACUGCCUUUGCUUCUGGUCACUUUGACCCCUAAAGCCUGGUCGAAGCUGAUUGAAGCAAAUUCUGACUCCUUCAAUGCCCAGAGUUCGGCGUAUGCGGUCUCGCUCGCAACAUUUUGUCUGUCGAAUUACAAACCGUGCGAUGACAUCCGAGGGGAGCUCAAAAGUGCAGCCGAGACUUUACAGAACUACAACUACAAUGCCUCCUUGAUCUCUAUUGAUUGCGGUAGCCAAGCUGAUAUUUGUCGGGAACUCGACAUCAUAUCCUACCCGACAUUGCGCAUCAUCUCCAAUGGCAGCAUCUCCCGUUAUAGAGGCUCCAGGGAUUCUCAAAGCAUUUUCUCUCGACUGAUCAAAGAACUGAACCCCCUCGUCUGGCCUUUGGAAGACGGCUACUUGGAGGAUAUCAAAUCUUUGUCUAUUCCCGCUCUCGUGAUUCAUGUUGAGGAAAACGAUCAUUUGACACGACAACUGAUCCAAGCCAUAGCCCCAGAUUUCAGAGGAAGUAUUGUCAUGGGAAUCGUCGCUCACUCUAUGCAGGAUGACCCUGUAGAGCGAGAUCUUCCAUUUGUGGAUGUUUAUCAUCCCAUGGAUGAAGUCACGCGUACCUUUGACGGUCCUGUCGAUCAGAAAACACUGGACGAUUUUGCCCAAAGGCUCAGUAGGCCUUUAGUAGGCCGGUUCGACCCCACAACAUCUGAAACAUACGAAAAGUCCAAGGUUCCUCUCGUGUACAUCUGCGCCGAUACAGACCGGGAGCGCAAGGAAGUCGCAGAGCUCGUCCGAUCUGUCGCAACCAAGAACCAUGGCUCGCUCCAUUUUGCGACUCUUGAUACCCAAAGAUAUGGCUUUCACGCCUACCAGCUGGGGCUUGACAUUGACAAGCUCCCGGGGCUUGUCAUCCAGGACUUUCUAGGCAAGGCCACUUUUCCACUGGAUCAAGAAGAACCGAUCACUGCAGAAUUGGUCGAUGGGUUUAUUUCCUCUCUGUUCUGA